ACCGGUCGCCAGGAUCCAAGACGGUUGAUGUCAAAAAGACGAAGAAGCCACCAGGUACCGGUACCAGUGCUGGCUAGCUAGUUGCAUGCAUGAACCACAAUCAAUCUGUUGAAGAAGAGAGGAUUUGCUUCAGCGUCCAUUAUUACUCUACCUAUCUACCUGGAUAUUCUUUCGAUCAUGAUAUUCUUUGCAGGUGCCAAUGCUCCCGUUGUCCGUCGAGAGACGCUGGAAGAUCUGACAGAUCGCGUUAGAAAGAGUGGAGGCAAGAGUUUGCGACUAUGUCUGCAUGACCAUGUUCCUGUAUCUGCUGACGAUGGCUUGGCAUGGACUCGCUGGCUAGAGGCCCUUCGAUCAAGCGAUAUUGCCAAUAUCUCUGUGGAUUUUGAAGAAGGCAACACUCAGGAGGAGGAACAGAUGGUGUCUAGUCACCAAAUUCUGCAGUCAUUGGUAGCCAACCUCUCAAAUUUACGAGUCUUGAAGCUCAGUGGAUACUGCCAAUCUACAGGAAUGCCACUGACGGAACUUACCAAUCUGCUCAAGACUGGUGGUGCUGCUGCAUUGACCCACCUGCACUUGACUUCGGUAAAGAUGGAUGUUAAAGACAUCCAGUCAUUCUCACUGGCUUUGGCAGAACAUGCCUCGCUUACAGAACUUCGAUUGCAAGAUUGUCAGCUUCACCUUGCUAAUACUGCCGAUGGUUUGGAUUCGGAUGAAUUUCUGUAUCAUCUGCUGGAGGGAGUCUCAGCGGCUCCAAACCUAAAAUCUCUCUUGAUAUCACCCACCAAACGCCAGGCUUUGGGAACGAUCUCUGUUAGAGCCAUUGAAAGACUACAAAGUGCCAACAAUCAUCUGACAUCCCUGAUACUCUAUCCAAUACAUGGGUUCUUUACUACUUCAGGUGGUGCCAUGUCGCCAUUUCAAGCACUCACAAGCUUGCUGGCAUCCAACCAAAUCCCCACGCUGAAACAACUUCAUUUGCCAUUUUGUGCUGACAACCAAAAACAGUGCCAUGACAUUGCAUCACUCCUCACGUCCAAAACAAGUCUGGGUAGUCUCGAUUUGAUGGGAACAUCCCAUCAAGACAUGAUGGACUUGGAACAACAACUGCGGCAAGAACAAGAACAACAACACCAACAACAGCAACACGAAGAUACUCAUGAUCACCACCACCCACUCCUACAAAUCGCACAUGCCUUGUCCGGUUCCUCGUUGCAAUCCAUUGCCCUGACCGGAUUUGGAACCACAGGCAUCCCAUUUCAUGUCGUGCAAGCAUUUGCCCAGACUGUCCAGCUCAAUUAUGGAAUCCAACAAAUGUUACUCUAUGAUAUUCAAACCACUGUCCUACGAAAGACUGUCGACUACCACUGUCAUCUCAAUCAACAAGGCCGGAAACGCUGGUUGCAGCACAUGUACGCAAACAACAAACCAAAACGACGACAAGAAUUCUGCAAGGCUCAAGAUGGCAUGGAGCAGAAGUCUACUCAAAGCCAACAGAGAAUGCUGUUCCGGUUAGCCCAAGACAAGGAUGCGCUCUAUUACUACUUGUCACACAUGAACCCAUCUUUUCUGGAACACCAGAGCAAGCAGGCUAACAAAUGCCAUCAAAAGUGA